GUGACGGAUCUGGUCGUGUCUGAAUUGUUUAGCCAAUCAAAUUGGCGAAGACAUAUCAGCGGAGUCAUAUCGGUGGUCAAGCAAACAAAUUAGAAAGCAGUGACGAUUGCCAGCAGGCCUCACUGAACGUAAUUUCUCAGGAAAAGUCCUCAUCCAGGGGCAAAAUGGUUGUUAGCCACGAGUACCGACUUUCAGAGCUUGAAUCACAUGCCUCAUCAUGCAAUGCCAAGAUGGAAAAAAUUGACAGCAUGCUUGAAUCACUGCACAAACAAGCAGUUAGUAUUGAAAUACAGAUAGAUUCAGCUGUGGAGAUUUUGAUUGAUGCUCUGCAGAAAAGAAAAGGGGACCUUCAAGAAACACUGAGAAAGAUACUAGCCAAAGAGCAUGCUGUUUUGACUGCAAAGAAGAUUUUUAUCAGUGAGCAUUUGAAUGAUCUCUACAAUCUGCAAAAACAAGGAAGUGAAGAUGUGUCACAAUUCAGAUGUUGCUAUGACAACCUGGUUGAUAAAUUCCAAUCCUUUUUUAUUAAUGCGGAUGAUGAAAGUGAACUAUAUUUUCAUGAUACAGGUAAUAAUGUCCUGGAGGAGAUAAUGCAAUUUGGGAAAAUACAUGUUCAAGCUGAGAAAUUAGAAGAUGCAAUGUCCAGCUGUAGUGGCUUUUCUACUCCAGAUGAUUUUGAUAUUUUGUUGAAGCCUGGAAAUGAUUCUAAUAAGUUGACUGAAGAGAGUACCUGGGAAGUUACUGGUGGUUUUGGUGAUGACAAGUCUCUUUGUCAGUUUUCAGGGUGUUGCAACUGUAUUGAUUUGUGUGAAGAGCUGGCUUUGCCACUCGAUAGUGUGCAAGGUAGCCAAACAUCGCAAGAUCAAAAUUUCGAGUCCUGGUUAUUGAGGCCUGAACCUAAAGAAAAGCAACAGACUGAUGGCCAUAGUGCAAGUGUAUUUGACAUUGAAGAAUGUUUUGGUAAUAGGCUUGCUGAGAAACUAGAGGCAUUAAGUCUUUGUAAAAUUGAUGGAAGCAGUGGAGCUGAAUUCCAGGGAGAUGACCCUGCACAGCUUCCCAAUGACCUCAAAUUUUGGUUGGUAAAGGAAAAGAGAAGACCAGCUCCUGUUGCCAAUGACCAAAUUUUUAUGAUCAAAAAAGAGCACCACUCCCAAGUCAGCAAAAAAUGGGAUGAGAUUAGAGCUGUACCUCUAUCUGCCUGGCUCAAACGAGCUGCUAAGUUUGAAGUCCAGCUUAACACUAAUGGAACUUUGCAUCCAAACAUCUCACGAUUUGAGGAAAUAAGUAAAGUGCCUCUUGAAUUUUGGUUAAAAGAAUCAUCAAGAUUGGAUUGUGGGGUGGAUCUGACUCCAUGCAAACAAGAAGCAGUGGCAAGUGUCAAUGAGGAAGAGUUUGUCCUUGGUAAAUGGUUGAAAAGGAAGCACCAGGAAAAUGAUUUAACAGAAAGUGAUUUAACUGAAACAUGCAAGAAAAUCAAAAGCAUUUCUCUGUCAGACUGGUUAAAGACACCAUUAUCAGAACCAAAUAUAGGAGGAGGUUCAACCAAAGCACAACUUGAUGAAUUAGAAACAGAGAGAUUCAGAAGUACUAGUACAGUGCAAAGGUUUGAUGAUAUAAUAAGAGAACAUUGUGAAAAACAAUCACUUGGAUCAAGCUUCAAGAUGGAGUGCCGUUACAGUAAAUGGCUUGCAAAUCCCAGCAAAUCUCUGGUGCCAAAUUUUGUUGAUGGAAAGGUGAAUAGUGUUUCAAAGCAGUUUGAUGAGAUUGCAAAAUCUGACCUUUCAUUGUGGAUCAAGAGAAGUAGUGUAUCCAUGAAAAAGCCAAGCCAUGAUUUGUGCAAAUGGUUACGUUGUGGUGCAUUGAAGAGUUGUAAAGAAUGCAGUUUUGCUUUUUGAUGCACAACAGAAACAUUAUUCGUUUAAAAUGAUUUAACCUUUCUUCCUUGUUUAACCAGACUAAGGCUUGAAAUCAAUGAUGCAUUAUUUUCAUACAUGAGUUUCAGUUCUUCCUGCAUGAUUAUUAUUAUCAAGUUGGUCUUUAAAAUCAUUGUAAUAAUGUUGUGGUUUUAGUACUGUGUUCAAGUUAACAUGUCUGUGUCGAUUAUAGAUAAGAUAGAAUGAAUUACUAUGUUUUUGUUUUUGCAAAUGUUAUUAUUUAAUGUAAAUUUAUUUUAAAAUUUCAACUCCAGUGAGAGUUAAAUUUUGUACAUUCGACUUUUUGUAGCAUAUUGUAGAUAAGAAUAAUUUCAACUCCAGCGCGGGUUAAAUAUUUGAAUAAACAUAUCUAAUUGUUA